UGUAAAAUUUAGCGUAACACCUUGUUCCUGUCUUCUCUUACAGGAAGUCCACCUUCGACAUGUUCAACUUCCUGGCUUCCCAGCACCGCCAGCUCCCUGACAUCAACCCCUACGAUGAGGAGGAGGAUGAAGUCCCACUCAAAUCCACAAGACGUGCCACUAGCUUGGAGCUCCCCAUGGCCAUGCGCUUCAGACAUCUGGAGAGGACAUCGAAGGAGGCUGUAGGCGUGUACAGGGUAUCGGCUGCUACAUGUUCCAUAUCGAUGACUUUGACGUGGUGGAUGCCACAAUGCGCAGCAAUGCGGGGCGCUUCAUCAACCACUUGUGCGAGCCCAACUGCUACUCACGCGUCAUCAACGUAGAGGGCCAGAAGCACAUCGUCAUCUUUGCCCUGUGCAAGAUCUACCAGGGCGAGGAGCUUACUGUCAUGACUGUCCUGUGAGGAUUACAAUGGGUCAGAUCAGCCUGGCAAUGGUUGACAAAAACAAGACCUUCUCUCACCCACUAAAGAAGGGAGGAGGGAGCCCUGUCGUAAAUGUAAGUAGACUUUCUCUCCCCCUCCAGUAUUUAUCCCAAGUAAUGCUCUUUGUUAACUUUUCCCCCCGAAACUCUAACACGGUCUAAUGGAACAAUAAUUCUAACAUAAGAAUGUGGGGAAUGGUCAGUGGAGAGCUUUGGAAAAUGAAUGUAACAUUGGUUUUCAUUUUGUGAUGUCGUUAAACUCUAUGGACAAAAAACUGUAACUUGGAAAGUAAAUCCCCGUUAUGUCAAGUUUCCAUCUAAUACGUUGCGCAUAUAAUAUGAAAAAUGAUUAAAGUAUUGUUGUUAAGAUAUUAAUGUGGUUUUAGGAGGUAUAAGAUAAUCUAUCUCCUAUAAACUGUGCAUAAGUACGUAGCCAAGCCCCGAGUGAGGCAGGAGAGCAUGUCAGACUGAUGGAAUUGUCCUUUUCGCCCAGAGUACAUGAAAUAGCUUGGUAACGAAAUUAACAUUAGACCAGAAAAUGUGAGGCAGUAGCUACAUGUUUGAAAUGGUUGGAACUUUGAACCUCAACAUGAGGUGAAGAAUUAAACUCACCUUCCUUUAGACCAGAGACGGCAAGCUGCAUCUCAAGACCAUAGUAGUAUGAAUUCUGAAUAAUCAACACGAGGUGUAGGCGAGAAGCUCACCUCCCAGACAACCACUGAGACAGCUAUCGUGUCAAAUAUCUAGAAAAGGGAAUCUAAAUUAGACUUUUCUACUAAGCUCAUCACCAAUGGGAACCGUCGACACGGCUGAUUAGUUAUCUUCCAGAGUGAACAACAGUAGAAGACGAGAAAAGGGAUACCCUUUUGGGCAAUCAGAGCCAUACAGUUUUCCACUGAAAGGCCAACAACCUUCCUAACGAGGGCUGGUUCCGACAGAAUAAAGGAACUUGCACGUAAAUAUAUUAAUGAUUUCUUAUUUCAGAGGUGCAGAGAUUUGUGUGCAAACUACAGUUGAAGUUGGAAGUUUACAUACACUUAAGUUGGAGUCAUUAAAACAAAUUUUUCAACCACACCACAAAUUGCUGGUUCUAACUAGAGCUUUGGCAAGUCGGUUAGGACAUCUACUUUGUGCAUGACACAAGUAAUUUUCCAACAAUUGUUUACAGACAGAUUAUUUCACUGACUCACUGUAGCACAAUUCCAGUGGGUCAGAAGUUUACAUAGACUAAGUUGUAUGUGCCUUUAAACAGCUUGGAAAAUUCCAGAAAAUGAUGUCAUGGCUUUAGAAGUUUCUGACAUAAUUUUGAGUCAAUUGGAAGAUCACCUGUGGAUGUAUUUCAAGGCCUACCUUCAAACUCAUUGCCUCUUUGCUUGACAUCAUGGGAAAAUCAAAAGAAAUCCGCUUCAGAGAAAAAAAUAGUAGACCUCCACAAGUCUGAUUCAUCAUUGGGAGCAAUUCCCAAACGCCUGAAGGUACCACGCUCAUCUGACCAACAAUAGUACGCAAUAUAAACACCAUGGGACCACGCUGCCGUCAUAUCACUCAGGAAGAAGACACGUUCUGCCUCCUAGAGAUGAACGUACUUUGGUGCAAAAAGUGCAAAUCAAUCCCAGAACAACAGCAAAGGACCUUGUGAAGAUGCUGGAGGAAAUGGACACAAAAGUAUCUAUAUCCACAGUAAAAUGAGUCCUAUAUCGACAUAAUCCGAAAGGCCGCUCAGCAAGGAAGAAGCCACUGCUCCAAAACCGCCAUAAAAAAGCCAGACUACGGUUUGCAACUGCACAUGGGGACAAAGAUUUUACUUUUUGGAGAAAUGGCCUAUGGUCUGAUGAAACAAAAAUAGAGCUGUUUGGCCAUAAUGACCAUCAUUAUGUUUGGAGGAAAAAGGGGGAGGCUUGCAAGCCGAAGAACACUAUCCCAACCGUGAAGCACGGGGUGGCAGCAUCAUGUUGUGGGGGUGCUUUGCUGCUGGAGGGACUGGUGCACUUCAUAAAAUAGAUGGCAUCAUGAGGGAGGAAUAUUACGUUGAUAUAUUGAAGCAACAUCUCAAGACAUCAGUCAGGAAGUUAAAAGCUUGGUCGCAAAUGGGUCUUCCAAUUGGACAAUGACCCCAAGCAUACUUUCAAAGUUUGGCAAAAUGGCUUAAGGACAACAAAGUCAAGGUAUUUUUUUUCUUUGACACCCAUAAUUAUGUUGGCUCCAUCAUUUCUAGUUGAUCCCUUAGCUAUAUCUCUAUCUUUACUUUAAUCAUUGUUUUAUUUAUCUGAAAUUAUUUUUCACAGAGCUCAUCAUCCGUCAGGUUGUACAUAUUUGCUUUCCGUUGACUGUUCAGAGAACCUCAGUUGCUCUGACAGAUGUUAAAGAAUACUAAUGCAAAAAUGAGGAUGAUG